AUGAGUGAAUCAAAUGCUAAUCGUCGAUGGCCCAAACCUAUUUCGAUUUUAACGAAAAUAAGUUUUAUUACGGGUGGUAUAUAUAUAUUAAUUUCAUUAACAUUACCCAUUCUUCUUAUUAUUUAUCCAACAAUUGUAAAACAUAUUGUUUUUAUGAACUUUUUGAAGACAGGUACUAAUUUUACUCAACCGGAAGCAUUUGGUGUUGAUCGGGUUUUUAAUUUUUAUUUGGAUGUUGAACCUACAGUUCGUCUUGGUAUAUGGCAUUAUCGUUCUCCAUUAGUUCAAGACCAAUCAUACACGACCGAUGAAGAGUAUUUUCAAAAGCAUAUUGAAUCUACAUCCUCAAAAAUUCCAAUCAUUAUUUAUUUUCAUGGCAAUGCUUUUGAUCGUUCUUUAUUUAAUCGUCGUGGAAUGUGUAAAAAAUUACGUGAAGAAUUAAAAUAUGAUGUUUUUACAUUUGAUUAUCGUGGUUUUGGUGAUUCAACUGGUGAACCAACAGAAGAAGGUUUAAUUCGAGAUGCUCGUUAUGUUUACGAUUGGUUACAUAAUAUAAGUAAUGGUCAAAGAAAAAUUUAUAUUUGGGGUCAAUCACUUGGUUCAUCGGUAGCUUGUCAAUUAGCUGCAAGAUUAUCGGAUGAUGAAAGUAAAAGUCUUGCUGGUAUUGUUAUGGAAGCAGCAUUUAUCAAUAUUCAUCAAGCAUUACAAACUCAUUAUCUUUCAUUAUUAUUUCGUUGGCAACCAUGGUUUUCUAGUUUAACUGAAAAAGCAUUACGUAUAAAUAAACUCGGAUUUCAAACACGUGGCCACUUAUCAAGUGUUAAUUGUCCAUGUGUACUUUUACAUGCUGAUGAUGAUUAUACAGUACCUUAUUUUCAUGGUAAACAAUUAUUACAAGCUGGUUUAGCUGCUCGUGAUGAUCAUAAACAAAAGAAAAAAUUACUUCAUUUUACCAUUGAUAUGAUUUCAUAUCAUGGUGCUGGUUAUGGACAUUCACUUAUUUACCGAGCACCUAAUCUAAUACCUACAUUGAAACGUGUGAUAUUUGACGAAGAUUUAUAA